AUGAGUGCUAUGGGAGGAGAGUUGGGGUGGGAAAUAUUUGGUGAGGAAGUUAGCGGAGAGCAAGGGCUGCCUCCAGGCUUCCGUUUCCAUCCCACUGACGAAGAACUUGUUACCUUCUACUUGGCCGCUAAAGUCUUCAAUGGAAACAUAUGCGGUGUCGAUAUUGUGGAAGUUGACCUUAAUAGAUGUGAGCCAUGGGAGCUUCCAGAGGCGGCGAAGAUGGGGGAGAGGGAGUGGUAUUUCUUUAGCCUGAGGGACAGGAAGUAUCCGACCGGUCUAAGAACGAACCGGGCGACGGGAGCCGGUUACUGGAAGGCGACCGGAAAAGACCGGGAGGUUCACGCAGCGGCCACCGGCUCACUUGUCGGCAUGAAGAAGACUCUGGUCUUCUACAAGGGACGGGCCCCACGCGGUGAGAAGACCCGGUGGGUCCUACACGAAUAUCGCCUCCACGGCGACUUCUCCUUCCGACACGCAUGCAAGGAGGAAUGGGUGAUAUGCAGAAUAUUUCACAAAGGAGGAGGUGAUCUUAAAAAGAACACAUAUUUCCCCAACUCCACCUACUUUCUAGACCCUUCAUGUUCCUCUCUCAACUCCUGCAUCUCCCCUCUACUCGAGCAUACACAAAACCUAGAAAACCCUAUUAAUUCUCUCCCACAAAACCACCACAAUCCCCACUUUCCUCAUACUCUAGAGAACCCUUCAUUACUCUUCCCUUUUCCUCUUCCCCAGCCUUUUCCUUCCACGGGCCAUUUCCAUUCUCUCUUUAAGUAUCCAUUAACAACAAACGAACAAAUCAAAAGAGCUCCCACUCAUGAGGAAUCCUUCUCAAACUGGCUUGAAUCCUGCUUACAAAAGCCUAGCUCUUCUAGUUAUGAUACAAGUCACAAUUAUUUUGGACUGCAUCCAAUCCAAGGAGGAGCACCAGUGCUACAUGACACAACCUUUGUGGGAUCGAGCGUUGCAUUACAAUCUGGAUCAUUGGUUCCAUGA